GGGAAAAAAAAAAAAAAAAAGAUCCUAGAAAUCCAAAAAGCCUCAUCUGGGAAGGAGAGAGAGGAGAGGAGAGCGAGAGGAAGCGGGAUGCAACUCAACCUGACGCUGAUCUGCUUCGUCUUCGGGGGUUUCCUGCCCGACGCCGCGGCCCGGCGGGAGCAGAUGGACACGGGGCAGUGCGACCUGCCCCGCUCGCAAGGAGAGCUGAACUCCUUCCUCUGGACCAUCCGCCGCGACCCCCCCGCCUAUCUCUUCGGCACCAUCCACGUGCCCUACACGCGGGUGUGGGAUUUCAUCCCCGACAACUCUAAGGCCGCUUUCCACGCCAGCUCCAGCGUCUACUUCGAGCUGGAUCUCACCGACCCCUACACCAUCUCGGGGCUGGCCAGCUGCCAGAUGCUGCCCCACGGGGAGAACCUGCAGGACGUGCUGCCCCGUGAGCUUUACCGCCGCCUCAAACGCCACCUGGACUACAUCAAGCUGAUGCUGCCCCACUGGAUGACCCCGGACCAGCGGGGCAAAGGGCUCUACGCUGACUACCUCUUCAACGCCAUCGCCGGCAACUGGGAGCGCAAGAGGCCCGUCUGGGUGAUGCUGAUGGUGAACUCCUUGACAGAGACCGACAUCCGCUCCCGUGGAGUGCCGGUGCUUGAUCUCUACCUCGCCCAGGAGGCUGAGAGGAUGAAGAAGACGACGGGCGCGGUGGAGAGGGUGGAGGAGCAGUGUCACCCGCUGAACGGGCUCAACUUCUCCCAGGUGCUGUUUGCACUAAACCAAACUCUGCUCCAGCAUGAAAGUCUCCGAGCAGGCAGUUUGCAGGCCCCGUACACCACUGAAGAUCUCAUCAAACAUUAUAAUUGCGGAGACCUGAAUGCUGUUAUAUUCAAUCAUGACACUUCCCAGGUCCCAAACUUCAUCAACACUACACUCCCACCCCACGAGCAAGUAACAGCCCAGGAGAUAGACAGCUACUUCAGGCAGGAGCUCAUCUACAAGAGGAACGAGAGAAUGGGCAAGAGAGUGAUGGCGCUUUUGCGGGAGAACACAGAUAAGAGCUUCUUCUUUGCCUUCGGAGCAGGUCACUUCCUGGGUAACAACACUGUGAUUGAUGUACUGAGACAAGCAGGAUUUGAAGUGGAGCACACCCCUCCUGGACAACCGAUUGGAAAUUCAAGAAUGACCAAGAUGAGUCCUGCCUUACAAGGGUCCUCAGCAACAGCCCUGCCUGCUCUGCAGCUUUCUGAACAGGUCCCACUGACAUCUCCUUCCCUGAAGCCUCUACAGAUGGAUGAAGAAGACAGCCUGUCUCCUCAUCUCUUGUUACCAGACAGCAUCAGCCAGCUGGAAGAGUUCGGCAGACAGAAGAAAUGGCACAAGAAACAGCACAAACACCAUCGCCAGAGGCAGUUCAAUGACCUCUGGGUUCGGAUAGAAGACAGCACCACCACAUUGCCUUCCUAUAUCAGGAUAACCAAUGGCUACAUCACAGUCAAACCUCCCAUUUGGAUUUCCAACCGGCUGGACCAGAGGCCACGCUCAGAUCACCCAUCCCAGCCUCAGCCUACAAGCUCAGCCUCAGCCACCAUAUUAUGGCCAUCAGUGACUGCUCCUCUCUACAUGGCCAUAGCUUCAUUCCUCCUGAAUCUACUGCAGCCUUCCUGACAACAUUAGUAUUACGUGCAAUCCCUUGGAAUAGAGAAGAGAGAUAAUUUAUGAACGAAUUGGAUGUUUUGACAGCAUUUCCAGACUGGACCUUCUCAGUGAAUCAAGAGUGCCUUCUAGCUGAUUUUGUCUCUUUGCCCAGAUACAUUUUGAAACUCUAAAGCUUUAUUGUAACACUGACUUACAUCUUCUUUUUGUAGAAGGAUCUUUAUUUCCCAUAGUGCUAUGGGGUUUUGUAAAAUAUUCAUGUUCAUAUAAAGAAAAAAGAAAAAAAAGUGUAUUUAUUCGACUGGUAAACUUAUUUUUUUCUUGUUGUAUAUGUCAAUAACAUCCCUAGUAAUCAGUAGCGAUGGUGAAACAGAUAAAUUAAUAUUUUCUAUAUUUGUUUUUUAACUGACAACUCUGCAAAUGCCUGAAGUGGCACCAAAAUGAAUGGCUUGUUUCUUUAAACAUAACUUCUUACAGCAACCAGUAAGUACAUUUGUACUCUAUUUUGCUUUUUCUAAAAUUCUCAUUAGAAUAACUUAGACUAAAUAAAGCAGAUCCCCUUAUCUGCGGCCUAUGCCCAAUAGAGGGAUAAGUGCACUCUCAAAUCAGCUGCUACAACCUAAAAUCUCAGUUAUUUUUGUAUGACUUAGUAAGUCGUUAGUCAAGAUAACCCUCUAUGUUCCCCAGUUGUCUUUAACUCAACCAUUCACCUUCUCUAGAAAUUACCAAUCUCCCUUUUUAGCCUGAGAUUAAGACAUCUUUCUCUUAAUAAAAGGUUUCAUUUUAACUGCA